AUGAACCAACCUGAAAUACCCAAAUAUGAAAAGGGGAGAGUUCUACCGAUUGGCACACAUCAGGUAAUAAUCGAAAAAUAUUUGGCAUGUGGUGGGUUUGCACAAGUCUAUUCUGUGAGAGUAAUUGACUCUUCCAAUGCUCGAAAUGAAUUAGGUACAAUGGCAUGCUUGAAGCGCGUAAUUGUCCCAGAUAAAAGUGGACUAAAUACCUUAAGGGCAGAGGUGGAUGCAAUGAAGCUUUUAAAAGGUAAUAAAUAUAUUGUAUCGUAUAUAGAUUCACAUGCACAAAGAUCUGAAUUGAAACAGGGCGAGUAUGAAGUAUUUCUAUUGAUGGAGUAUUGUUCAAGAGGUGGGGUUAUUGAUUUUCUAAACACCAGACUAUAUCAUCGAUUGCAAGAAUUUGAAAUAUUGAAGAUUAUGAGCGAUGUUUGUCAAGGGGUUGCUGCAAUGCAUUAUUUACAACCACCUUUAAUCCACAGGGACAUUAAAAUUGAAAACGUUUUAAUAUCUGAAAAUGGUGAUUAUAAAAUCUGUGAUUUUGGUUCUGCCUGCAGUGUAUUAAGGCCACCAAAAACACCACAAGAGGCUGCAUUCAUCCAUCACGAUAUAAUGAUUAAUACAACUGCCCAAUAUAGAUCUCCUGAGAUGAUAGAUAAAUAUUCUGGUUACCCAAUUGAUGAAAAAUCAGAUAUUUGGGCAUUAGGGGUUUUUCUAUACAAAUUAUGUUAUUACACAACUCCAUUUGAAAAAGAAGGUGAAAAUGCCAUCCUUAAUGUAAAAUUCCAGUUUCCCUCUUACCCACAAUAUUCCGACCAUAUCAGAAAUAUAAUUACAAUUAUGCUAAAUAAAGAUCCAAUCAAAAGACCAAAUAUUUGCCAAGUUUUAGAGCAAGUAUCUAAAUUACAAGGAGUCCCUUGUCCUAUUGAAAAUUUUAUGUUAACUAGGAUUAAAUUACAAAACUCAAGAAACAACAGUAAUAAAUCAACUAGCCUAAAUGAUACCACGAAUAAUAGUUUUAAUAAUGAACUAGCUUUAGACCAAUGUAAUUCUUUAAGCCCAACUAAUAGCUCAACUCGCAGAAAUAGUACAUUCAGCGAUACUAAACGAAAAUCUCUCAUGGAAGCAGAUACCCCGUAUUUAAAGCCACCUAUCUCGAAUCCAAGAUCGGGUCAUUGCGUAUCACCAAGUUUAAAGUUAAAUGUGGAUACAUCAAAAUUUAUUGCAUCGGCUAGUGUCUCACCUAACAAUAUCAAUUCAAGUUCUCCGAUAAGCAAUUCUUAUAUUCCUUCCAUAUCCUCCAUUCCAAACUUAAAUUUAAGUGAAUCACCUAUAACAUUAAAUAGCUUGCCAUUUUCUACGUCUCCCCUAUCUCUAGCUCCAGUACCUAUAAAUGGUCCAAAUACAAAGGGUCAAUCACCUACUAAUUCAUAUAUAUCUCCAACAUUAACUCCAAUUCCAGGCACUUUAACAAAAAAUACAUUACCAUUACCUCUUCCAAAUUCGCCUACCUUAAAUCUAUCACUACCACAACCUAUUCCAGAAAUUAAGGUUUCGCCACUAUAUAAUUCAGCUUCAAUGCCUAAUACCAAUUUGACAAAACCAAUGCCAUUUUCUCUUCCACCAAAUAUCGACUUAUCAUCAAAAAAUUUAAAUUUACCAGAGCUGCCUUCCCUUAAUUCCACAUUAUCCAGUCCUUCGCAUUCACCUCAGCUAUCUACAGUUGCAGAUACUCCUUAUUUGGCGAAUAUUGGAUCUGCUUCCCCAACUACAUCGAUAUCGAAUAGAUUACAAUUUUUUACAACUAGUCGGCAUGGUAGUAUAUCUUCAAAAAUUGCCCACCAUAACAAUAACACAAUAAAUACAUCUCAUUUACAACCAUCACCACAAAUGUCCCCACCAUUAUCACCUCAGCUGUUAACAUAUAUGCCUCUUCCUUUGUCUCCUCAAAUAUCUCCUCAAAGUAUUCCACCAGCUCUACCUCCAAAGUUACCAAUAGACAAUACGUUGACUUUACAGCAACAAUUUCAUACUUAUCAGCAACAGAAGCAAGCACAAAAAAUUACAAAACUACCAAAUGUAUCUGAUAGCGUAACAAUAGGCCACUCAGGUAACUUAGGAAAGAUAUUUAAAGACUCCUUAUUUGAUGAUAACUCAGCAAUUGAUGAUAGCAUUACUGUAGAAAAUACUAUUCAAAAAGAUUUUACCGAAAGCUGCAAUUCUAGCAAUCUAAUAAACUUAGAUUCAAAUUCUGCAUCAACACCCCACCUUAAAUUAAUCCUUACUCAUGAUUCCUUAAAUAAUGAUUCCACAAUUGAUGACACUUUUGCAAAAAAACAUGAUAACCUUAGAAAGUUAAGAUCUAAAGAUUCAAACACUUCAAUAACCUCUAUGUUUUCAGAAAUUACCAAUUCAUCCACAAAAAAUGUCUUUGUAACAACACCACGUAACGAUGACGCUAUUUCAAAAUCUCAAUCAAGUUUAAACUUGAUCCAGUUCUCAAGCUCCGAAGCUAGUGCUAAGGUGUCUAGUUCCAAGCUCAAUUAUAAGAAUCAAAAUACCAAAAUUAAGGUUUCUACUGAUUCAUUUAGCUCCACUGCGUCUCCUUUGAGUUCAAGACAAAAUACAGGCGAUAGUAUAAAGAGUGCUUUUUCAAAAUUGAGAAGAAGCCUUUCGAGUUCCAACCCAUCUAGAAUUAUUUCAAGUGACACAUCUUCAACAAGAAAAAAUAAAUCUUCCAAUUUUCGUAAUGUUUCUGAACCAAGCACAUGUGACCCACAAUAUACUUUUUCUAUCACAAUGAAUCCUACUACUAGAAUAUCUUCAGUCAGCAGAAAGUCUAGAUACGAGUCUGAUAGUUCUGUAUAUUUUUCUGCCAAUAGUGGAUCAGCAUUUAGAAGGGAAUCCGUUGCAGAUAGUAAUAUAGAUAAAGUUGAAUCAUUAGGUAAAAAUUCGUCACAAUAUAAUAAUAAUUCUCUCCAGAGAAUGGAAUCCGUAGUUGAAAAUGCGCCAUCAGAGACUUCUUUCAAACUAAAUAGCUCACUGCCAAAAAUGUCAUCAGUAACAGAUAAUAGUCAAACAGUUAAAGAGACAAUAGAUAACAACUUUACACAAAGAAUUGGAUCUGUUGUCGAAUAUCCUCUUUCUAGAGCAGAAUCUGCAGUGAAUAGCACUAGUUUAAGUAAUGAAUUAAGAGAGGUGUCUGCAGCAGUUAAUAUACUCCAAAGAAUAGAUCACGAAAUAAGCCAACCAGUCAAUGAAACAGAGUUUAUCGAGGAAGAUGAUUCAAAGGAACAUACUAACCCUUUCACCAGGGACUACUCUGCGAAAAGAGAUUCAUUUAAUACAAUAAACUCUCAAAGACUAAGCUCAUUAAGUAGUAAUUCAACAAGGAAAGAGUCAGUAACUGCUAACACAUCACCAGAGAGAGAAAUAGCACCUGAUAUUUUUCUUCAGAAAACAGAGUCAUUAGUCAAGAAUUCAGAUUCCUUGCAAACUACUAACUCUAUACAAUUUGAAUCAUUAUUAAGUGGGUUUUACAGUAGAGAUUCAAUUAUUAAUAAUAGUAACUCUUCGAAGGGUGACAUUUCUUCAUUGAGACUUGUUUCAAAUCCUGAUGCUAAAGAUUUAAUCAAGAAACGUGUUAUGGAAUUAUUAAAAAAUUCAGAAACAGAUAACGGUGUAACAAGAACAGCCCAUGGUUACGGUAAGUAUACUGAUAAACCUAAUACUAGCCAAAAUAAAGCACCGCAAAGAACCAUAUCAAUGGACUUUUUUGAAAAACAAGCAGUAUUUGCGAAAGAUUCCAAUUCAAAACAUGAUAUACGCAGGAAUAAUGUAUCAAUUAUAUCUAACACUAUAGGUGGGGCUGAAACUAAUGGCUAUCAUUCAUUUAAUGAUUAUAACUAUAGAGAGCCUGCAAGACACACAUCGGUCAAAAUUCAUACAUUGAAGGAAUCAUCGAAGAAGCAUGGGAGCUUUAAAUCGCCUCCUCCAUUACCUCCAAGGAUAUCAAUAGAUGAAAAAGUGAAAGAUCAAAAACUUAAAGAGGAUACCCCUAAGAAACAUACUCAUCGAACUACCAGAAAACUUCUUGUUGGUAGGCUUAGAAAAUCAUCACAAUCAGAAUCAUCGAAAAAAAAACAUUCAGAAUCAUCGAAAGAAUCAUCUAAAGAAUCAUCUAAAAAGAAGCAUUCGGAACAAUCACAUAAAAAAAUACCAGAACCUUUAAUAGAACUGGACAGGUGUUCUUUAGAAAAGCCAAUACCACCUCCCAAACCUAAAAAGUUAAGACAUAAAUCCAAAAUACUUUCUCAUAUAGGUGUUUCUAAAUAG